GGCGGAUUAAGAGAUUCAGCGCACGCGGCCGACCGCGAGUUGGCGCUCGCGAUCCUUCCGUUGUCAAUAACGGACACUGGCAGUAACCCGGCAGAAAAGCGAACGUCUGUCUCUCGCGCGAUUCAAUGUACCUUCCCCGGAUGUAAUUCGUAAAGGCGAUCUCGAAGCGUGUACCCGUUAUCUCUGUGUACGUUUAGAGCUAUCGCGGUCGGCGCUUUAGCGCGCUUCGUUUUAACGUCGAGAAGGACGAGAACGAAGACGAGCGGCGUCUCGAGUUGAUAGUCGUCGCGUUAACCGACGACGACGACGACGACGACGACGACUAUUACUACUACUACUAUUAUCAGAAAGAGGAAGAAGAAAGGAAGGUAGCAAGCUCAGGGAGAUACUUAUCGUUGUCAACGACAUUCAAAGCGACAAUCGGGCGUGUGCUUUUCGAGAGACGACGCGAGUCCUGAAAAAAAAAAAAAAAAAAAAAAAAAAAAAAAAAAAAAAAAAGAAGAAAAAAGAAAAGAAAAAGGAAAAGGAGAUCCGCCUGUUUUACGUUGUACCAAUAGAUACGAAAGGAAGAGAAAGAAGACGAAGAAGAAAGAAUACAGUGACGCUCGUUCUUGUUCGUUGGCCGAGUUAAGGAAACGUCGCGAUCGGUCUUUACGAUCGGCGCCACCGCAAGCGCCGUUGCUCUCUUUUUCUCUCUCUCUCUCUCUCUCACUCUCUCUCUCUCUCUUUCUCUUUCUCUCGACGGUUUCCGACCGUUUUCGUUGACUCGAACGUGCCCGCGACGGCAACGACGGCGGCAGAAGCAAGCGUACACCCCCACGGCAACGGCUCUUUCCUAGCCGAGGAUCGGCCACCAUUCUUCCAGAAGAGGAGAACGUCCGAAUUCGAGAGAAAAGGAACAUCGUCUUUUUUUAUGCAGCCGGACGACUAAAUGACCAUGGACCGCGGCAUGUGCAACAUCGAGACCGGCAAUAGCAUAAACAUCAAGAGAACGGACGAAAAGAAAUCGUUUGAUGGUUGACGAGGAUGAUUUUUAUUAAGAGGAAAGUGAAACGAGUGAAAAUCGACUCGACGAUACCGAUACCGGAGUGACUCUGCUAAGCAGCCAGUAACUUCGAUACUCGAAACCACCUGGUUGGUAAGAUUACACCUUGGGAAAACGCUUCGGCUUUUGCGCAAGUAGCCAAAGAGAAAGACGAAGUCGAGGAUACGGAAAAGGUAGAAAAUAACUGUUUGAGAAAAAAAAGAAAAAAAAAAAACAAGAGAGAGAAAUACCGGUUGCAUCGGGACACCCGAUAGAAAGGGUAGAUUGGAAGAGACACCGACAUUCGAUUGUCGUAACUCGUGGAAGAAGGAUCGAUUUUUCUUUAAUCGAAACAUCUUCAUGAUCAUCGUUUUGCCACAGAUGGCGAAGUUUUUUUUCUUCGUCGAUGCGACGAAGACCUGUUCGCAGGUGUCGAUAGCAGGAAAAAGUUAAAGAAGAAAAGAAUAGAAAAAAAAAAAAAAGAAGAAGAAGAAGACAUUGGCCUAGGAGAUCCCCGAGCCGUCUCGAAGUAUCCAGGACGAUGAGUAGAGUCGUCAGGAUGUCGUCCUUGAAUCUUCCUUUUUCCGUAUGAAGGACGUUUCUAAACAUGGAUUGGUUGUCGCGUUGUGUCUGUGGCUCGAAGAAAAAGGAUCCAGAUGAGGAAGAAAAUAGAACAAAGGAAACGAGUAAUAAAAAGAGUAAGAAGAAGUCGAAGAUAUCAGAGGAUUCUUCUUCUUUGGGACCGAUUGAUAAUGUUACGUUGAAUUACGAAGAACCGCGUAAAAUUGACGAGGUUAGAAAAGAGAAUGUGAAAGAAGAUAAGGGAAAGGAAAAGAAAAAUCAUCAUCGUUUUGAGAACAAUCAAAUAUCAUUAAACGAAAAAGAUGAAAAAUUAGAAAGAACGAUCGAUCGAGAUGUUGAGGUUCCUAUGGGCGAUGAUAUCCUCGAAUCUAAUUGGACGACUAACGAGGAAAGAUUUAGUCGUGAAAAUGAUUUCAAUAGAUUGAUCGAAAAUGAAGAAGUUUGGUAUCGUAAAGAUCACUCAGAAUACAACGACUCGAGUAACGAAGAGGAGGAGGAGGAAGAGGAACAGGAUGAGGAGGAGGAAGAGGGUCAUCAAUAUAGUGACGAUUCUUUGAGCAAAGAUUCAUCGAAGGAUAAUCGGUUGAUGGAGGAUGAAGAAAUAUUUGAAAAAUCUUUCUCAAGAUCAACGACAACGUCCGUCGGUACUUCUAGUCCUGCAUUCGACUUGUUAACCGGUGAAAGGCAAGAGGAUACCUUUUCGGAGAAUUCAUUGAAGGUUUUUAGAGCUAGAAGAAACGAGGAGAGGAUAUCAUCGAGGAUCAACUUUCCUAGCAAGAGUCCUUGUAACGGUUACGACGUUAGAUCGAAGAGUCGAGAGAAAUCGCCGACGACAACGAAUAAGAAAAAGAAAAAGGACAGGAUUGGAAGAUCGAAAUUGAACGACUCCGUUGUAGAACGUUCCAUUUCUCAAAAUAAAUCUAAACGAAAGUGCGAAGAAAAUGGUGUCUCUAUUCUCGGUGAAAUUAAUAAAUUUGGAUUCGACGAAUCAGUAUCCGUGAAAUCGGCUACCUUCGAUAAAAAAGAUAUUAAAAAGAAGCUGAAUUCUUGCAGCUUCGAAGUGAGACUUCAAGAUGACGACGAUUGUCAACGAGAAAGAGGAAAAGAUAGGGGAAGGGAAGGAUCGAUGAUACCAAGACCUUCAUCUCAUAAUCGAAUCAAACGGGAGAUGAUAAAUCGUGCUAAAUCGGAAAAGGAAGAAAACGGUCGCGUUCAUUCGGCUAUCGUCUCUGGUGUCAAUUGGGAACAACGCACUGUAACUGUAGAAUGGUUCGAAAAAGGGGAAACCAAAGGGAAAGAGGUGGAGAUCGAUGCAAUUCUAGCCUUGAAUCCCGAAUUAAAUAAAAAGACGAUGGGACCACCGCAGAUGAACAAUGUAGUAGAAUUAGUAGCGAAGGACUCUUCCGGCGAGGAGGAUGAGGGGGUUGACGAGUUGGAGAACCAAGAGGAGGGUUCACUAGGACGGCAUGGCGGUCACACCGCAAGAAACGGCCUUACAUCCGCAACGCUUCCUGUACGAGUCACAUCUCGUCUUUCGUAUUCUACGAGGCCGUCUGUUCCAGUAAAAGUGAAUACGAGACAAACAUCACGACAAACAGGCCGACCAACAAACAUUAUGGCUCCAGUAGCUUCGGUAAAUGGUCAUGGUGAUUCCGUUUCUGGAUUGACGGGAAGACGAGAAUUGGAGAACAUACCACCAACCCCGAUGACACCGUUAAACGUUACGGCUGCCGCUCAAAGCAAGCAAAAGCAAACUCAACUGCAACAACAGCAACAACAACAGCAGCAACAACAGCAGCAAUCACAGCAACAGCAACAGCAAGCACAAAUGGAAAAUGGCAGAGGUAGACGAUCCAAUGUCGUUAAGGAAGUAGAAAGACUGAAGAAAAACAGGGAAGAAAGGAGACAACGUCAGGCGGAACUUAAAGAAGAGAAAGAGGCUCUGAUGAAUUUAGAUCCAGGCAAUCCUAAUUGGGAAUUUCUUGCCAUGAUUAGAGAAUACCAGAAUAGCAUUGAAUUCAGGCCGUUGCGAGAAACCGAUACUGUUGAGGAUCAUCAGAUCACCGUAUGCGUUAGAAAACGACCAUUGAAUAAAAAAGAAGUGACAAGAAAAGAAGUCGACGUUAUCAGUGUGCCCAGUAAAGAUCAAAUGGUAGUACACGAACCAAAAGCCAAAGUAGAUUUGACAAAAUAUUUGGAAAAUCAGAUCUUUAGGUUUGAUUAUGCUUUCGACGAAACUUGUAACAAUGAGAUAGUCUAUAAGUACACGGCGAAGCCGUUGGUACAAACAAUUUUUGAAGGUGGCAUGGCUACAUGUUUCGCUUACGGACAAACUGGUAGUGGAAAAACACAUACCAUGGGUGGUGAUUUUAAUGGUAAAACGCAGGACUGUAAAAAGGGUAUAUACGCUAUGGUCGCUAAAGAUGUCUUCAAAUGUCUUAAAAUGGCGAAAUAUCGUCCAUUAAAUCUAGUUAUCUCUGCUAGUUUUUUUGAAAUCUAUUCUGGAAAAGUAUUCGAUCUCCUGGCAGACAAGGAAAAGUUAAGAGUUUUAGAGGAUGGGAAACAACAAGUUCAAAUAGUCGGAUUAACAGAAAAGGUUGUAGAGACGUGCGAUGAAGUAUUAAAAUUGAUACAACAUGGUAACAGUGCUAGGACGAGUGGACAAACGAGUGCAAACUCCAAUUCUUCGAGGUCACACGCGAUAUUUCAAAUAAUAGCACGAACCGCAGGUACUCAUAAAGUACACGGGAAAUUUUCUCUUAUUGACCUUGCUGGAAAUGAAAGAGGUGCUGAUACUUCUUCUGCGAACAGACAAACGCGUAUGGAGGGUGCUGAGAUAAAUAAGUCCUUGCUAGCGUUGAAGGAGUGUAUUCGCGCACUAAGUCGUAAAGGAGCACACUUGCCUUUUAGAGCAAGUAAAUUGACUCAGGUCUUAAGGGACAGUUUUAUCGGUGAAAAAUCUAAAACGUGUAUGAUAGCGAUGAUUAGUCCUGGUAUGAGUUCUUGCGAGCAUUCCUUAAAUACGUUAAGGUACGCAGAUAGAGUAAAGGAAUUAGCUGCAACCGAUCCAACGGAGAUAAAAGUUUCACCUACUGAUGAUGAUCGAGGAUUGAAGAUAGAAGAACAGGCCAACAAUAGCGUUCUCUCGGACAGUGAUUUAGCACAACUUCGAUCUUUGAAUGAAGGUGAACUUUCGCAAGAUCUCUAUACUUUCCACGAAGCAGUUUCUGCUCUACAAUUGUUAGAAGAGGAGGUAUUGGAUACGCACAAAAUGGUAAUGGACAACACGACCAGAUUUCUCAAUGAAGCGCACAGCGUUUUCAGUGCAACUCACGAGGUGGACUACGAUCAAGAAGAUUUCAGAAGGAAAAGAACAAAGUUUGAGUCACCCUACCUGAGGAGCUUCUCGUUGCAUAGACGUCUGAUAGAAAGAAAACUAUUUUCGGAUGCAUUCCGCAAGCAUUGUUUAGUGCGUUUUCGUGAAAUUAUUCUUCUUCCUGUAUAUAAGCCACUGCUACACAUAUACAAAAAGCGUAUGCCCAGAAAUGGGAGCAGUUGUUGGUGCAGCAACGUGACAGCCUGAACACUGCAUUGGACCAAGUCAGUCAAUUCCGGGGCCAGUUACUGCAAGAAGAACAAAUCAGUCAGAAGAUGACGCGAACGCGCAACUCGCGAUAUAAUUAAGGAUCCUUACCGAGAAUUACGAAAAAGACGAGAAAAUAUAAAAGCACACAAAUACUACCGGACAUUAAUAUUACCGGAAGAAAAGGCACCAGCAAACAAUUCGUAAAAGAUGCCCACAUCGUGUCCUCCUCUUGUCGCGUCAACUCUUUCUGUCCUUGGAAGAGUCGGAAACAACAGUGUAAUUUCAUCGUCUGAGAUUAGCACAGUUACCUGACUGCAUACAUAUAUUAUCAACACACCUUUCUUGCCUUUUGAGAUAAGAACAAAAAUACUCUUUCUCUAUCUAUUUUUCUCUCUCUCUUCCUCUUUCUCUUUCUCUCUUUUCCUCUCUGUCUUUGUCUCUUCUUUUCUCUUCUCUUUUCUCUUUUUCUCUGUAUCUCUCUUUUCCACUAUGUCUCUCUCUUUCUCUCUCAUUCUCCCUCUCUCUCUCUCUCUCUCUCUCUCUCUCUCUCUCUCUCUCUCUCUCUCUCUUUCUCUCUCUUUCUCCAUUUUAUUCCAAUUAAAAUCAAGAGAAGAGAUCCUAUUUUUAAACAAAAAUCAGUAGAAGAAGAAAGAUAUAAAUAAUAUAUUAAAAAAGGGGAAUCUUUUUGAAAUAUAACUACUACACAAUUUGCAGUUUUUUCCAGGAAAAGAGGCCGCCGAUAUUCUACUUUUUAGCACCAGAUUUUAGUCAUCGGUACUGUGUACUCCGAUGUUCCUUUAUGAAUCACUAAUACUGAUUGUAGACAGACCAUACCACAUAAAUAUGAUAUAGCUCAUUGACGAGAAGAAAUUUGCAAGAUUAUAAUAAAAGGAACAAAGAUUCGAUUGACGUUAGAGAUACACAUCCCGGGGGAAAAAAAAAUAAAAUAAGAAGAGACAGAAUAUCAAAGAAAAUUAAUGGCAAUCUAACGCAAGAGAUGAUUAUUUUCAAGCUAAAACAGAACACCCGUCCAAUUGGAUUAACGAUGAUUUUCUGUAAUGCCGACAGACAAACGAGUCGUGUUUUUUAUUUCUUUUUUUUUUUUUAUUUUAUUUUAUAUUUUUUUUUUUUUUUUUUUUUUUUUUAUUUUUUAUGUUUUUUUUUUACUUUAUGGCAUUUUAAUACACCUGCUGUUUACCGAAAGUUUUCUGUUCAAACUGUUUUCAAAGCUUUCGGAUUAAUCGUCGCUUUUUGUUCUCGAUAUAUUUUUAUUAUACGCGUUUACAUCUCAUAGCGUUUUUUAAUUUUGUCCUCUUUUGUAAUGAUUUCUCGUCAAAAUGCUGAAAUCGUACAACGUCGUUUAAAGAGUUAUCGUCAAACGAGUUCUGCGAUGUACUUUUCUCUCCCUCGUAUACUUUUAUUAGACUUGGAACUCGUUUGUUCUCUUCAUAUCGGCGAUAUUCAUUCAAUCGUUCGUUCGUUCGUUCGUUCGUUCGUUCGUUCGUUAAUUCGUUCGUCCGUUCGUUUAACGACGAUAUUUAAAAAGAUAUAUCGUAACUUCCACAUUGAUACAAUAAAUAAGCAUUGCGAGGUAUCACGAUAUUUUCACAAUUACGCAUAGAUACCGUAGUAUUUUACCGAUUCAUUUUAUUUGUCCAAAAUACUGUGAUAGAUUUAUUCUAAUCGCAUUGUUUCCUGUAUCGGGUGAAGAUUAUCAUUGUUCCUCUCUUAAUUGAUAACAUUCAUUGUAAUCCAACAUCAAAUUAUGUGAGCUGUAUCAAAAGUUGGAAGAUAAUCCUCGCUCCAAGAAAUAUUAAAACAAAAACUAAUAAUAAUAAUAAUAAUAAUAAUAAUAAUAAUAAUAAUAAUAAUAAUAAUAAUAAAAAGAAGAAUAAGAAGAAAAAAAAGAGAGAGGAAUAAAUAAAUACAUAAACGUGAAAAUGUUGGUACUCUGGGUCGUGAUUAGUGUGGUUGAUGAAAUAACGCGUAUGCACCGUACUAGAAAGAAGUUGAUCAACUAAAAAUUCAAACAAAGUGAUGCAUAUAAAAAAAUUAACAUGUAUUUAAGAAUAUAUUAUAUCCGCUAAGAAAAAAAAAUUAAAAUAAUAAUAAUAAUAAUAAUAAUAAUAAUAAUAAUGAGAUAAUAAAAAAUGCAUUAAAAAUAUGUCAUUUCGUUUAAAUAAGACGCAGGACGUUCAGUGUGUUGUAAAACGGAUUUCAUUUUAAAUUAAUUAAGGACUGUAUCGUUAUUAUAUUGCAACUGUUUUAGGAGAGCUAUUAUAUAAAUAUAUGCAUUAAUGAAAAUGAAAAAAUAUAAAAGUAUCGAGAACGAAUUUAAGAUUACUACGAGAGAGAGAAUAUGGCAAAUACGUGUGUGCGAGAGUGUGUAGGAAUUAUUUUUGCUUUCAUAUACUUUUUCACAUCGUUAAUAAUCUGAUUGAAUUAAUUUUAACUUCGAUCUUUACGAGAAACUUUUAUCAUUGCGAAAAUGCAUUAUAUAUACAGUAUGUAUAUUUCCGUUAAGAGACAUAGACAAAUUUUAAGGUAUUAAUGUUCUUCUAAAUUUGAAUAUAGAAUUGUUUUUCUUACUUUUUUUUUUCUUUCUUUUUUUUUCCUUUUUUAAUCAAAGAGGAAAGGCAUAUAUUACACAAAACAGAAUGUCACAGUAUGCUGAACAAUUUUUAUGAGUAAUUUUUAUGAAUAAUAUAUGAUUUCAAUGAAUAUAUCAAUUCUAUUUAUCUAUUGUUUUAUCUAUUCCGCGUUCUAUGUUUUCUCUCUCUCUCUCUCUCUCUCUCUCUGUUUAUGCAUGUAAUAUAUAUAUAUAUAUAUAUCAUAUGCUCACACACACACAUAUGUAUACAUAUAUACAUGUAUCUUUAUCUUUUUAUCUUUUCAGCAUCAUUAAUAUUUAAUAUUUGUCAAAUACGCGUAGAUCCUGUUUUUCUAAUCAGGAUCUUGAACAAUUUAAAAAGAACUAAGUCGUAGAUAUAUAGACGAACACAGUCUAUCGAAAAAUAUACGAGUCAGUUCGUAAGAUUUAUGCUUAUAAUACCAAAAUCAAGAUUAUCACUAGAUAAAUAUGUGUGCACUUGUAUUAAUACGCUAAACACAAACAAAUAGACAAACAUAAACACAUACACACAAGAUAGAACACAAAAGACAUUAACUUACGAUUAAUACGUUGAAUUAGAUUCUAAGCGUAUUUUCGCGGGGGACCCAGUGUACUAUCGAAUAGAAACAAAAAAGCCUUAGCGUAUGAAACAGUUUGAACAAAAAGAAAAAAAAGAAAAUAGAAACAAAUGAAAUAAAUUACGGCGAUUUAUAUGUUACACACUUAAGUGAUACUCGCGUUUAAACCAAAUAACGACUGAUUUCAAAAGUAUAACAAUUUAGAUGAUAAUAAUAAUAAUAAAGAAAGAAUUUGCAUGACGGUGAUCGAAAUCCAUCGGUCACGAGUAUUUUAGUUUCCUCGUAUCGAUAGUGAGUGAACAAUGUAUUAAACUUUUCUUUUUUUAUUAACAUGUUUUUUCUAACAUCUUUUUUUUUUUUUUUUUUUUUUUAACAUUCUUGUUGUUUCUCAUAUAACGGAAGUAUUCAACUAAACAUGCGUAUCAUGCUCUGAAAAAAGUUAUCUCCUCGUAUAUAUAUAUAUAUUUCUU